CACAAAGUUACAGACAAAAAUAUAAUAUUUUCAUUCCAGUUGAGAGUGAUUUCAGUUUUUUAUUUUAUUGAUAGUGAUAUUACUUUACGUACUCAAAUAACUUUAACAAUGUCUUGCAAUAAGAAAAAAGCUCUUUUCAUUUGUUUAGGAAAUAUAUGUCGUUCUCCAAUAGCAGAAGGAGUAUUUCAAAAAACUGUUAAUGAUCUAAACUUGUGUGAUCAAUGGGAAAUUGAUAGUGCCGCAAUAGGAGGAUGGCAUGUUGGUAAUCCACCAGAUUGGAGAGCUUUGGAUACCAUGAAAAAACACAAUGUUCCAUAUAAUAAUCAAGCAAGACAAAUAACGAAAGAAGAUUUCAACUAUUAUGAUUACAUAUUUGGUAUGGAUGAGGCAAAUAUGAAAGAUCUUAAUAAGAGAGCCCCAAAGGAUAGUAAAGCAAAACUUCUUCUGUUCGGAGAUUUUGAUCCUCAAGGUGACCGCAUCAUUAGAGAUCCUUAUUAUGAUAGUGAUUCCAAAGGUUUUGAAAAAUGUUACGAGCAGUCAUUGAGAUGUUCCAAGGGAUUCCUAGAACAUAUUGAAAAGGAGGCACAAUAACUUGCAGGAUGGUGCAAAAAAAAACAUUCCAUUAAAAAAAAAGUUAAUACAUCUAUAUUAUAUAAAUUUACGUACCAGAUACAAUAAAAUCGUAAUUGAAAAGUUGGUAGUUAAAAUAAACUUAAAAUAAGUGUUUUGAUUAUUUUGUUAUUUUAUCAAUAAUUGUUACUAUAAUAAAAUUUAUCUUAAGGAAAAUAAUUUAGUUUUUUAAUUAGAAGGGCUUCAAAAAACAAAGGUAAUGGUUUUAUCUCUGACUUUUAAAUAUUACUUUUUAUAUGAUUAUAAUAAAAAAUCAUAUCAAAACAAAACUAACGACUGUAAUUGAUAAUCAAUUGUCUUAUAGGAGGCAAUGUUAGGAGUAUAAUUUGUAGAUAUACGACCUAAUUGUCUGUGUAUCGAUGACGAUGUCGUUGCUUAGCAUAUUGUUGAUUGUAAUCUUUUUAUUCUGCUUAUUAUACGUAUUUAAUAAUUAAUAUUGCUUUUUGUUCUCAACUUUAAUAGGCAAUAAAUUAUUUUGGUAAUUAUACAUUAAGAGAGUC